CAUUCCUUCAGUCACGCUGCAAACUGCGACUCACCCAACUCCAUCACAUCCACCUCUCUGCCUCGGACUCUGGCUUUGUCUUUCAAAGGAGCUCUGCUGCUUGUUCACACAUCCUGCAGGCAUACCAGCACACAGCACUGAGACGCUCAAACCCUUCAAACAUCUUUGAAACCCGCUUUAUUUGAGUUGUACUUUCAUUCAAUGGGUCCGUGUUGGUGCUGCUGUGCUCUCUGUUCGGAGUUCUCCUUGGUCAAGGAGCAGAGCAGAUCUCGAUUGAGGACUGCUGUAAAGAUGGCCAGAAGCGGGGAAAUGAUAACCAAGACUGCACGUCACUCCCUCUUAUCUCGGGGUCCAGCACAUGCAUGAUUGUGCAGGAGCAGUGCUGUGUUGCAGUGCUGGAGGAUACCAUGUGCAACACUGGCAUCAACAUGGCCAAAGACCAAGGAGCAUGUGACUCUUUGUUCACCAACACCUGCGAGACCAAGACUACAAAGAUGUGCUGUGACUGUUGUCUUCUGGGGAAGGCCGCCCAGGAGCAGGGCCUCUCCUGUGACCACAGCCUGUCCGUUGGCUACCAGUGUGGUCUGGUAUCCAGGGCUUGCUGCGAGUAUGGAACCCAUGAUAACCAGACCACGCCCGCAGGACAAAUUGAAUUACCGAACCGGGAUGAAACCCAGGACAAUGGAGAUAAUUCAGGACUAACUGAUCAGUGCAAUGGGAAAUGUGCUCAUCUCUGUGUGGGCAAUGACACCUGUGCCUGCUCCAAAGGCUACAAACUCAAACCAGAUGGAAAGAGCUGUGACGAUAUCAACGAGUGUUUGCUUGGAGCGAGUAAUUGUCGAGGAGGAGAGCGCUGUAUCAACACAGAGGGCUCGUUCCGCUGUCAGAGAGAGGUCAGCUGUGGGACCGGCUAUGAACUCACGGACAACAACAACUGCAAAGAUAUUGAUGAGUGUGAGACAAACAUCCAUAACUGUGAACCACAGUUUGAGUGCCAAAACACUCAGGGGUCGUUCAGAUGUUUCCCUAAGAUGAAGUGUGGUGCUGGAUAUGUCCAGGACGCCCUCGGCAGCUGCAUUGAUAUCAACGAAUGCGUCAGUCAGACGAGCCCGUGUCACAGAGGGGAGAUCUGUAUCAAUACAGUUGGCUCCUACAUCUGCCACAGGAACUCUGUGAACUGCGGUCGAGGAUACCACCUGAAUGAUGAGGGCACACGCUGUGUUGAUAUCGAUGAGUGUAAGGGUCUUGAGAAGGUCUGUAAAGGUCAUGGUUGCAUCAACCUGGUGGGUUCCUACCGUUGUGAGUGUGAGCCUGGAUACAUCUUCAACAGCAUCAGUCGGACCUGUGAGGAAAUCAAUGAAUGCAGGCACUACCCCGGCCGUCUGUGUGCCCAUAAGUGUGAGAACACUCUGGGAUCCUACAAAUGUAGCUGCACCACCGGCUUUAAACUAUCUCCUGACGGCAGGAAUUGUGACGAUCUGAAUGAAUGUGAGGCCAACCCCUGCAGUCAAGAGUGUGCCAACGUGUACGGCUCCUAUCAGUGUUACUGCCGCCGCGGAUAUCAGCUCAGUGACAUCGAUGGCUUGACUUGUGAAGACAUAGACGAGUGUGCUCUGCCCACUGGAGGUCAUAUCUGCUCUUAUCGCUGUCACAACACUCCUGGCAGCUUCCACUGUUCCUGUCCUGUCACUGGCUACACUGUGGCUCCUAACGGACGCAGCUGUCAGGAUAUCGAUGAAUGUGUGACGGGCACACACACAUGCACCGUAAAUGAGAGCUGCUUUAAUGUACAGGGAGGAUUCAAAUGUCUGUCCUUUGAGUGUCCGAACAACUACAGACGUCAUGGAGAGAUUCGAUGCGAACGCUUGCUUUGCAAUGAGUCUGUCGAGUGCCUGACCAUGCCCCAGAGAAUAACCUACUACUACCUCACCUUCCCCACCAACAUCCCCGUCUUCACCAACAUCUUCCGCAUGGGCCCCUCGCACACCGUGCCCGGCGAUGACAUCCAGAUUGCUAUCGUCGCCGGUAACGAGGGCGGUUUCUUCAAGACAGAACGGGUGCCCACUGGCGGAGUGAUGUCAGUGGGAAAGCUCAUCGACCAACCGCAGGACUUUGAUCUGUCUCUGGAGCUAAGGCUGCGUCGCUACGGCACGCUCAGCACUUACCUGGCUAAGGUGCUGGUGUUUGUUACCCAGGAGGAGCCCAGAGUUCCUUACAAUCCCCUUCUAGAAUAAACACAAGAGUUAUAAGCUGACACAAGUUACUACACUCUUAAAAAAAAAAGACGUGUCAUAAGCACCUACAAAAUUUACAUAAAGAAUUACGCAAGAUGCAUCCAAGACAACCAUAGAUUAUGUUCUUUGAAACAUUGAGUAUCAUGUGUUGUAGUGUAUGGAUGAUUGCAGAACAAACUGCAUAGAUAGAUGCAGGAAAAUAUAGAUUUAAUUCUUUAUCUGUAUAAAUCCACAGUCAUAGAUGGAAAUGGCAGGUGCAUAUAAAGUCAAUUCUUGAUUAUUGAAUAUUAUUCUUAAAUCCAGCAGUCAUGCAUGGAUUUAUGCUACUUGUGACUGUUAUGUUUCGGCUCAUUGCCUGAAAGUUGUGUCAAAGCUGACACAUCAUUUUUUAAGUGUGGUUAAAAAAAUAGUUGACACACAAAAUCAAAAGCACUAUUUUUUUAAAAAUGUUAUAGCAUCUUACCUAAUCAACUUUUAAACGCUAGAAUUAAGGAUCAUCAUUCAGCAGUAGGAAUGGGGUCCACUUGAAUGUAUUGCCUUGGAGGAAGGGCAUCGUGACAGCCUCUAGGUGGCGUUCUAGGUCAGGGUAAAUAACAAGAAGUCCCAAGUCUGCCUAUGACUGAGUGUAAUUGGAUGGUGGUUGCAUGAUAAAGUCUGACGUUUCUUCAGCAUUUUAUGGUUUUUGUGUUGGAUGAACAGUUUUCUAUUAAAACUGAAAUAGAAGUAA